AAACGUUGUUCUUGUGACUUGCAAAAUGGGGAUAGGAGCUGUCCUCAAAAACAAGCCUCUACAAACGUAUUUGAGGAUUUUGUUCGUUUGUAGAACAGGAAAAUCGACAAGCGGGGGACUUUGACAACAGUCAGCUGGUCACUAAAACAGAAACCAACGUACACUUCAUGAAAUGUAGUUCUCGGUAGGAUGAUCAGGAAUCACGAAGAAGAUGAGUUUGUUGCAGUGCGGGUCCAAGAUCCCCGCAUUCAGAACGAGGGUUCUUGGAAUUCAUAUGUCGAUUAUAAGAUAUUUCUGCAUACCAACAGUAAAGCCUUCACAGCUAAGACAUCCUGUGUGCGACGGCGUUACAGCGAGUUUGUGUGGCUCAAGAAGAAGCUGCAGAAGAAUGCAGGCUUGGUUCCAGUCCCAGACCUUCCAGGAAAAUCCUUCUUCUCCUUCAGCAACGAGGACUUUCUGGAAAACAGAAGGAAAGGACUUCAGGCCUUCUUAGACAAAGUGGUCCACAUGACAGUAUGUCUGUCAGACAGCCAGCUCCAUCUCUUCCUGCAGACCCAGCUUCCUAUUGGGCACAUCCAGGACUGCGUUCAGGGCCUUACUCCAUUCUCCGUGACCGACUCUAUACUCACCUACGCCUCGUCCAAUCGGGGAAUGGUUCAGGCUCAGGAGGAGGACUCCAUCAAGGAGCCUAGUUUGAACAUUUCUUAUGAGUCCAUGGAAAGUCCAACUCCCCACCAACCUUGCCUACAAACUACUGCCACCUUCAACUCUGGUUUUUUCUCAUGUGGAGACUCUGACCCUCUGGAAGAUGUACUGGAGCUCAGUGAGCAGAGCUCAGAUGAAAUGCGAGACAAGGAGAAACCCUCAAUAAGGAUCUCUCAGACCAGUAACCAUCUAGAAGCUGUUGUUGAGGAAUGUGGCUCAAGAGAGGCCACAUUUUAUCUGGGUGAGACACAAGAUGAUGCAGAGAGCCUCAGCCCGCCAGAGCAGAGAGGCUGUCUCAUACACACACCAGUGGAGGUGCACUCACCCAUGGUGACGGACUGUGAGAACAACUGUGAGUUUGAGAGUGUUGUUACUAAAGACACGAAAGAAACACCUGAUGUUCAUGCAGACUCUGAAGAAAAGGAAAAUAUAGAAAUCUUAAAUACUAAACCUGAACAAUGUGCAUAUUCUGAAGAUAUUUUAGUUUUUAAGGACAAUAACAAUAAGGGACAAAUGAUGGAGAGUGAAGCUGGAUCUCAGGAAGAGGACGUUCUGGAAGAUGUGUGCUAUGAAAAGCAGGUUUUGGAUAAUCAAGUAACCUCCGGGGUUCAUGAUCAUGUUACAGAUAUUAACUCUGAUAAAGAAACAGAACCAGAUGACAAAAAAAGCGAUAAAUUGGGCGUCAAAGUGCAGAUCGGUGACAACAUUGGCAGUAUGAAUGGUGUGCCAGAGGUGGACGCUGAUGGUGAGGAUUCGGUUAAUGAAAUUCAAAAAGAGGAAGUCGAACAGGAAGAGGAACUGGUUGGGACCAAAGAUGAGAGUGAUGAGAUCAGCCACUCGCUUUCGUCUUCCAACGAGAGCAUCAUCAGGUGCAGUGAGGAGGAAAGCCUUUGCGAGGAGCCGGAGGACAAGAACGAAGCUGCUGAUGUCUACUUAAAGACAUCACCUGUCACUCACUGGACAAAAGAGACCCCCAAUGGAAGCAUAUUAGACCUGCAUGUUGAUGGAUGUCUUUUGGGAAACGGGGAUGUUUCUGCUGCAACAGAUGAAGACUUACAAUACAUUAGUGGCCUGAGUAAAUCUAAUGAUGUUAACCCGAUGAUAACCGAUGGAGAUCUGGCUGAAAAUAGUGACUUCAGCAUCUUAAAGACUAGCUGUGUGCCUGGAUUAGCUGAUAACAAAUGUGCAGAGCAGGAAGUCCUGUCCUCAUUGUCUUUGGACAGCUCAGAGGAGAUUUAGGAAGUGAAGACGCAUUAGUGAAACCAGCGAACUGCACCCAAACUUAAAUUGCACUUAUAAGGGUUAUUGAACCCUCAGUGAGGCAGAACAGUGAGUCUUGAGUUGUCCUCUGCCAGAGACAUUAAGUCCCAGGCACAUAAGCAACCUACAUAAAAGGAGCUGUGUGCUGUUACAAAAACUAAAACUUAUUUAUUGUUUUCACGUGGACGAUCAGUAUCGUUACAUUCAACCAAGGGUGGAGGGAUAUUACCAGUUUAAGAAAAUAUAUUUAAUAUCAAACUCAAACUGUAAGUUCUGCUGUUUCCGUACAUUUUUAUAAAAAUGGCUGAUACCAAAUUUUAAAAUUUGUCAUUGACACAAAAAUAUUAGGUGCUUGCACGGUUUUCCUGCCUGAUUGGCUUUGUAUGACCAGCAGAGGGUGCUCAAGUUCACAGAAGAUUACUGUUUGCAGAGUGAUUGACAGUUAAACAUUGGAGGAAUAAAUUAUGCUAACAUAAACUUCGCUAAAAAAGAAAUUCCAUUUUUUUUUUUAUAUAUAUUUUUUCCCCACAGUAAAUCUAAUAAUUAAAAAAAAAUAAUAAUUUGGAUACCUCCCUAAAGUGAUUUAAAGAAUAAAAAAAAUCACACAUGCAAAUAUUUUUUAAAGAAUGCCCUAAACUACAAUCAGGCUCCAGUAGAAAAUAUCAGAUGUCCUGAAAAUGUGGCAUCUGUUUAGAUCCUGUUGCUGUUCUUUAAAACAUAGCUGCAAAUAAGAAAAGUAUGACACAUAAGACAACUACUACAAAUUCUGGAAGACAGUCACUUAUUUUGUGGUAAGUCAGAACUUUUUCACUUUAUUUAUUUAAAUUUUUUCACAAUAGGAACAGAUUUCUGAUUGUCUUUAAGGACAGAGGAACCAGUAACAGAUACAGUGUAAGUUAGGACCCAUUUGUUUCAAGAUAAAAUAAUUUACAGCCUUGUUUAUCUGAAUUGCUUUAGUUUCUGUCAGCCUCUACGUCCUAGUGAAUCCUGAUAAGUCAGAAACGAUAACCCUGCUACAACUGCCACAUCUCACUACUUUUUAAUGUUUACUGUUGAUGCAAGUCAUGAAUACAGACUGGCAAGCUUUUACAAGAGAGGUGGAACAUCUGAGUAAAUUAAAUCUGCACAAUAUCCAGAUUGAGGCCAUGUGAACGUGUAGUUUACUUCUUUGCACACACAUGCAAUGUAAACCAGAUAUUUACAGACAGAGGAGCAGACAGGGGAAGCAUGUGCAAUAGAUAUCUUUUCAUUAAUCUCGAUAUAGCUCUUCAUUCUUUUAGAGGAUUUUUAAAAAUAUAUUUUGACCUCAUCGCAAGUCCUCAGAGAGCCUCUUGAAUGAGCACACCUGUACGGCGACACGCUGGUUUACAGACACUAAGCUCUAUUUGAGUGCUGCAACUUUACUUCUGUCACAGGUUUUGUAACAGGGCUGCCUGUUUUAUAAGUGUAAUUUGCUUAAAAAAUAGCUUUUUGAGUGAGCAGAAAAACAUAUGCUAACACGUGCUACUCCUUGCACAAGUUGAUUUUGAUGCAUUCAAAAGGGACCUCAAGAUUAGGAGGCUACUUUGCAAAUUGUUGGCUUUCUGUUUUCUAUCUACACAUUUUUUGUGUGUUUAUGAAAGGAUGUGAAAAAGAAAAGUUUUGGAAUAUGGAUGUACAAGGGCAAUGUUAACAUCAAUGGCUAAA